CGCGGCUUGAGCCGCCGCCGCACAGACAGCUUGGUCUGCGGACCAUGGAGACACGCGUCGGUCCACAUCCGCUGCGCCUGUUCGUUUGCCUGAUGCCACUCUGUCUCGCAUUGCUUUUGGGACCAGGGAGACCCGGGACCGCUGAGGAAGUCGUCCUCCUGGAUUCCAAAGCUUCCCAGGCUGAGCUGGGCUGGACUGCAUUGCCUAGUAAUGGGUGGGAGGAGAUCAGCGGCGUGGACGAGCACGACCGUCCCAUCCGCACAUACCAGGUGUGCAACGUGCUGGAGCCCAACCAAGACAACUGGUUGCAGACUGGCUGGAUCAGCCGCGGCCGCGGGCAGCGCAUCUUCGUGGAGCUGCAGUUCACACUGCGCGACUGCAGCAGCAUCCCCGGCGCCGCGGGCACCUGCAAGGAGACUUUCAACGUCUACUACCUGGAAACCGAGGCCGACCUGGUGGUCCGCGGGCGUCCCCGCCCUGGCGGCAGCCGGCCCCGCAAGAUCGACACGAUCGCAGCGGACGAGAGCUUCACGCAGGGCGACCUGGGCGAACGCAAGAUGAAGCUGAACACAGAGGUGCGCGAGAUCGGUCCGCUCAGCCGGCGGGGUUUCCACCUGGCCUUCCAGGACGUGGGCGCAUGCGUGGCGCUGGUCUCCGUGCGCGUCUACUACAAGCAGUGCCGCGCCACGGUGCGGGGCCUGGCGGCGUUCCCAGCCACCGCGGCGGAGAGCGCCUUCUCCACGCUGGUGGAGGUGACCGGAACGUGCGUGGCGCACUCGGAAGGGGAGCCCGGCAGCCCCCCGCGCAUGCACUGCGGCGCGGAUGGCGAGUGGCUGGUGCCCGUGGGCCGCUGCAGCUGCAGUGCGGGAUUCCAGGAACGCGGUGACAUCUGUGAAGCCUGUCCCCCAGGCUUUUACAAGAUGUCCUCUCGGCGGCCCCUCUGUUCGCCAUGCCCAGAGCACAGCCGGGCCCUGGAAAAUGCCUCCACGUUCUGCGUGUGCCAGGACAGCUAUGCGCGCUCACCCACUGACCCGCCCUGGGCCUCCUGCACCCGGCCGCCGUCGGCGCCGCGGGACCUGCAGUACAGCCUGAGCCGCUCGCCCCUGGCGCUUAGGCUGCACUGGCUGCCGCCGGCCGACUCGGGCGGCCGCUCCGACGUCACGUACUCGCUGCUGUGCCUGCGUUGCGGCCGCGAGGGCCCGGCGGGCGCGUGCGAGCCGUGCGGGCCGCGCGUGGCCUUCGUGCCGCGCCAGGCCGGGCUCCGCGAGCGCGCCGCCACGCUGCUCCACCUGCGGCCCGGGGCGCGCUACACCGUGCGCGUGGCGGCGCUCAACGGCGUCUCGGGCCCGGCGGCCGCCGCGGGAGCCACCUACGCGCAGGUCACCGUCUCCACGGGGCCCGGGGGGCCCUGGGAGGAAGAUGAGAUUCGCAGGGACCGAGUGGAACCCCAGAGUGUGUCCCUGUCAUGGCGGGAACCCAUCCCUGCUGGAGCCCCUGGGGCCAACAGCACGGAGUAUGAGAUCCGCUACUAUGAGAAGGGGCAGAGUGAGCAGUCCUACUCCACUGUGAAGACAGGGAUGCCUGCAGUCACCGUCACCAACCUGAAGCCGGCCACCCGCUACGUCUUUCAGGUCCGGGCUGCUUCCCCAGGGCCCUCCUGGGAGACCCAGAGCUUCAGCCCCAGCAUUGAAGUACAGACCCCAGGGGAGGCUGCCUCCGGGUCCAGGGGCCAGAGCCCGGCAGUCGUCAUCACCGUGGUGACCGUCUCAGCCCUGCUCAUCCUGGGCUCCGUGAUGAGUGUGCUGGCCGUUUGGAGGAGGUCCUGCAGCUAUGGCAAGGGGGGUCAGGACGCCCAUGAGGAGGAGGAGCUGUAUUUCCACUUCAAAAUCCCAACACGCCGCACGUUUGUGGACCCCCAGAGCUGUGGGGACCCGCUGCAGGCUGUUCAUCUGUUCGCCAAGGAGCUGGAUGCGAAAAGCGUGACUCUGGAGAAGAGCCUUGGAACAGGGCGCUUUGGGGAGCUGUGUUGCGGCUGCCUGCAGCUCCCUGGCCGCCAGGGGCUCCCUGUGGCCGUGCACACGCUGAGGGAAGGCUGCUCCGACUCGCAGAGGCUCAGCUUCCUGGCCGAGGCCCUGACCCUGGGUCAGUUUGACCACAGCCACAUCGUGCGGCUGGAGGGGGUCGUCACCCGAGGAAGCACCUUGAUGAUUGUCACUGAGUAUAUGAGCCAUGGGGCCCUGGAUGGCUUCCUCAGGAGGCAUGAGGGCCAAAUGGUGGCCGGGCAGCUGAUGGGGCUGCUGCCUGGGCUGGCGUCGGCCAUGAAGUAUCUGUCAGAGAUGGGCUACGUUCACCGGGGCCUGGCCGCCCGCCGCGUGCUGGUCAGCAGUGGCCUCAUCUGCAAGAUGUCCGGCUUUGGGCGGGGACCCCGGGACCGAGCAGAGGCUGUCUACACCACCAUGAGUGGCCGAAGCCCAGCACUGUGGGCAGCCCCCGAGACGCUGCAGUUCGGCCACUUCAGCUCUGCCAGCGAUGUGUGGAGCUUCGGUGUUGUCAUGUGGGAGGUGAUGGCCUUUGGGGAGCGGCCCUACUGGGACAUGUCUGGCCAAGAUGUAAUCAAGGCCGUGGAGGAUGGCUUCCGGCUGCCACCCCCCAGGAACUGCCCCUCCCCCCUGCACCGACUGAUGCUUGACUGCUGGCAGAAGGACCCAGGUGAGCGGCCCAGGUUCUCCCAGAUCCACAGCAUCCUGAGCAAGAUGGUGCAGGACCCAGAACCCCCGAAGUGUGCCACAGCCACCUGUCCUAGGCCUCCCACUCCGCUGGCGGACCGUGCCUUCUCCACCUUCCCCUCCUUCGGCUCCGUGGGUGCGUGGCUGGGGGCCCUGGACCUGGGCCGCUACAAGGACAGCUUCGCUGCAGCCGGCUACGGGAGCCUGGAGGCCGUGGCCGCCAUGACUGCCCAGGACCUGAUGAGCCUGGGAAUCUCGUCUGUGGAACAUCGGGAGGCCCUCCUCAGUGGGAUCAGCGCCCUGAGGGCACGAGUACUCCAGCUGCAGGGCCGGCGGGUCCAGGUGUGAGCAGCCCCCCAACUCUUCCAGGCCAGGACCCCAGGGAGGCUGCAGACCCCAGCCCUGGCAAGCUGCUCUCCACUCUUGUGGACGUGAGCAUUCUCUUCCUUCACGUGGGGCCAGUUUCCUCCCGUUUCACUGCUUACUCCUACCUCCCCCAGUCUGAACACCUUGGCUGACUCAGGCCCCCUGGAAAAAGGGUCAGAUCCUUGGAGAGGACCCUUGAGAGAAUAGCAGGAGGAAAUGCAGGGUCUCAGACAUUGAGGGCGCAGAGGGAAGGUACAGCUUUAAAUCCCCGGGCUCAUGCCCUUCUGUCUUCCAUGCUACAGGGAGCCCGGGCCUACCCCACUAUCCCACAGACCCACUGGCCCACAGGCAGCACAGGUCACUGCUGGGCUCUCAUUAGACCUGCCAGUGACCACAGCUGCCUGGUCGCCCAUCUUGUUGGGCCCUGGAGGGGCAGCGUCCUUAGCUCCUUGUACUGGGUUCAGCCUGGACACUUGUCCUGAGGCCUAGGCAGCAGAAGUGGCGCUGAGCUCAGCUCCCCAAGGGCCCUAGACCCAGGAGCUGACUUCUGCUUCCCCUGCCCUUGGGCUGACAGUUCAGGGCCAGGGUGAGGGUCUUGGCUAGGCCACUCAAUGUCCUGGUGCUCCUGAGGCCCUGCCAGCCUCCCCUUGGCGUUCUUUUUAUAAACUCUCUGGCCAGGACACCUGGGAAGAGCCUGAGGUGAGAUGUGUCCUCCCCAGGGGGAUCCAAGGGCUUUGUUGUCCAGCCUUGGGGAUUGAUGAAGAAGAGUCUCAGAGAUGGGUCUUCUCUCUCUGACAGGCUGGUCCAACCCUCACUGUACAGAUGGGGAAAGCCGAGGCCCAGUGAGGAGCUAGGGUCGGGCCUGGGCUGGAACCACGUUGGCCAACUUCCUGUCUAGGGGUGAGGUUGGAUCUGGAGAGAGCGGCCUUGGUCCUGCCCUAUGAUCCCAUCACUCCUUCCUGAGGCAGUCAGAGAUAUUCAGGUGACCCCCUGGUGGAAGCUCCACCCCCUGGCCACCACUCCAGGAGUGCCUCCUCCUCCUGGCUUCUGCAGGCCUCUGACAGAAGUGGGUGCACUUAGCUGACUCCAGAGGUCCUCAUCCAGAAGGGCUCCCCAAAAGUUGUGGUGAUUGUGAGGCCACGCUUUCAUAGAAUGGCAGGAAGGCAGCUGGGUCUAGAUAGGGCCAUGGGGUCUUUCCGAGUCACCCCUGACAUGCCUGUUCUGGGUUUCACUGUUUAUGUUGGGGGUAGGAAGGAAGAGCCAAGGGCUGGAGGAAAGGGGUAAAUGAGACCCAGAGCUGGCCCUCGUAGGGCUCAGACCAGGUGGGGAGAUGAGCUCAGGCACCAAGAACACCACAAGGGUGCCUUCCAGUAAUGCCCCAGGGCCCCAAAGGAAACCUCGGGUCUGUGGGCUGGUGGGUGGAAGGGCAGACGGACGCUCUCUUGAUCUGUGUAUAUGGGGGGUGUCUGAAAAGGCUUCAUGGCUGAGAGACUGCCUGGGAAGUUGCCCUGGGUCUUAAAGGUGAGAGAGAGUUCCUUCUUUGGGUGGGUAGAGUUUUCAGCAGGCCAAGAUGGAGGGCCUAGGACAAGAGGAGUCCAAGCAGAUGGGCUAGCCUGAGAAGGAGCCUGCAGUGCAUCUUUGGGGAGCGCCCGUGGUGGGGGACGGUGCUCACAGCAGUGCCUUUGGCCUGGCCCUGCCGGGGCAGCUCUGCCCUCCUUAGAGUCCCUCCACCUCUUGCUCCCCCAUCUCCUGGGCAACUGCCCAAGUUCAGUGACUUUGGGGGUUCUGGGGGAGACUGAGCUAUUGCUCAGUGUUUGGUGCCCUUCAGACUCUGCACCCCACCCCCUGCCCCCUGGGAAGCCUGGAGAGGACACGGCACGGGACCAGUGUCCAGUCUUGGGUGGAGGGAGCCUCAUCUCCGUCUCCAGCUCCAUCUGUCAUGCUCUAAAGGUCAAAGUCCCCUCCACCUCCCCCAGCUGUUCUGCAGAGGGGCUCCUGUUGGCAGGACUUCGGUGUCCAGGGUAGAUCUCCCUCCACUGAGGAGAGAGGUCCCAGAACCCUGAGGGGUUCCAGGCCUCAGCCCUGCACGGGGCGGGUGUGAUGCAGGCUGAUGGCUCUCUGGGAGCCCUCUACAGAUCUAUUUUUAUAUGGAACUUGUUCACUGGACAGAAGGAAGUGGCCUGCAAACCCCUAGCACCGCCAUCUGAGCCCACCCAGGAAGGGAAGGGGCUGGUUGGGGAGGUGAUUUCUUUGACUAAAUGCUGGAGAUGUUUUUAUAAUUCUUGGGUUCUAUAUGCAGGACAGAGGAAUAAAAACUUGUGUGUGAUAUGGUGCCUCUUUCAGUGACAGUCGCUUAACCAUUAAGUAGCUUGUGUGGGGGAGUGUCCUCCCCGGCCCGUUGAGGGGGAUCUCCAGAGUGUGUCCGAGAUCUCUCUGCAUAG